GUUUGCUCUCUCUCGGUCUCUAGUCUCGAGUGUAUUUGCAGAUUUUCUAGAAUUCCCACUUCCCAAAACAAUUUAGGAAAAAAAGAAAACGCAUUUUUCCUUGUGAGUUAGGAAUAUAAAAGAAGAGAGAACCGACCUAAAGAGAAUGUGAUGGCCAGUCUGCUGAGUUAUUAUUAUUGCCUAACUCACUGGGUGUGUCAUUGCCCUUAUAAAACACAACUGACUCGCUCUGCCUUUGUUGCCUGCCCUCAACCUGAUCACCGCAUACACAUACAUUGCAAUCACAUAAUAUGAGAAGGAAAAUUAUCUUUUCUUAGUAUUGGGAUAACCACACUAUUUUCCCUUUACAAUGAAAGGCAUCUAUGAUAACCAUUCAGCUCAAUUCUUUUAGUUUCCAUACAGGAGUUCAACAUAUCUCUAAUGGGUAAAGAUGCUUCUGCUGGUGAUUCAAACGAGAGAAAGCCAGGCUUGUUAAAAGAUCAAAUCCAGUUGGUGAAGAGAAAGGAUUCAACUCGUUAUGAGAUUGUUCCCAUUAAAGAUUCCCUAUCCUUUGAGAAGGGUUUUUUUAUUGUCAUCCGUGCUUGUCAAUUAUUGGCUCAACACAAUGAGGGCAUAGUAUUGAUAGGGCUGGCAGGUCCUUCGGGAGCUGGGAAAACUGUAUUCACAGAGAAGAUACUCAAUUUUAUGCCCAGCAUUGCAGUCAUCUCAAUGGACAACUACAAUGAUGCCAGUCGAAUUGUUGAUGGAAACUUUGAUGAUCCACGGUUGACGGACUAUGACACAUUGCUUCAGAAUGUCAGCGAUCUAAAGGAAGGAAAAGAGAUCCAGGUCCCAAUAUAUGAUUUCAAGUCUAGCUCCCGCAUAGGACACAGGACAGUUGAAGUCCCUAGCUCUCGCAUUGUUAUCAUUGAGGGAAUCUAUGCUUUGAGUGAAAGGUUGAGGCCUUUACUGGAUCUUCGAGUAUCAGUCACAGGUGGGGUUCACUUUGACCUUGUCAAAAGAGUUAUACGGGAUAUACAACGAGCCGGCCAAGAACCUCAAGAAAUUAUUCAUCAGAUAUCUGAGACAGUAUAUCCAAUGUACAAGGCCUUCAUUGAGCCAGAUCUCCAAACAGCUCAUAUAAAGAUUACUAAUAAGUUUAAUCCUUUUACUGGAUUUCAGAGUCCCACUUAUAUAUUGAAGUCAGCAAAGAAGGUGACAGUGGAUCAAAUCAAGACUAUUCUUUCUGAAGAUUAUACUGAAUCAACAGAGCAGACAUAUGAUAUAUACCUUUUACCACCUGGGGAAGACCCGGAAUCUUGCCAGUCGUAUUUAAGGAUGCGUAAUAAAGAUGGAAAGUAUAGCCUGAUGUUUGAGGAAUGGGUGACAGACAAUCCUUUUGUUAUAUCACCAAGAAUAACUUUUGAGGUCAGUGUUCGGCUUCUUGGUGGACUAAUGGCCUUGGGUUACACAAUUGCAACUAUCCUCAAGAGAAAUACCCAUGUAUUUUCUAGUGAUAAAGUGUGUGUAAAACUAGAUUGGCUGGAACAACUAGAUCGUGAGUACGUUCAGGUGCAAGGAAAAGAUAGGUUGGUUGUAAGAGGUGUUGCUGAGCAGCUUGGUUUGGAGGGUACAUACACUCCUCGGACUUAUAUUGAACAGAUUCAAUUGGAAAAGCUUGUGAAUGAGGUCAUGGCUUUGCCAGAGGAUUUAAAGACAAAGCUCAGCCUAGAUGAGGAUCUGGUAUCUAGCCCCAAAGAAGCACUUUUUAGAGCUUCUGCAGACAGGGUUGCCAUGAGAAAUAAGCAUCUGAAGAGUGGCAUGUCACAGUCAUAUACAGCACAAGGGGACAAGAACAUUUCUAAGCUUACUGGAUAUGCUGCUAAGGGUCAAGGAUAUGAAGAGAGAAAUUCAGUACCAAAUUCAACACUAGCAAACCAACUUUCAGACCAAAUAUCUUCACUGAAUGAUAGAAUGGAUGAGUUUACUAAUCACAUUGAAGAGCUGAAUUCCAAGUUAAGUCAGAAGAAAAAUUCUGCUAGCCAGCAAAACAUAGCUCUCCAGGCUGAAGCAUGCAAUGGAUCUGCUCCUACUUCCUACUUCAUGUCUAGAGUAGGCAAUGGUUCAAUGAAUGGAUCUUUAAUGCCUAAUUCGUUAUCUUCGUCUCAGUUGGCUAAAGAGUCCCCUGUUCUGGAAGAGAUAUCAAGUAUGGCAAGAGGACAGAGACAAAUAAUUCACCAGUUGGACAGUAUCAGCAAUCUUCUCCGCGAGUACACGGGAGAGAAGACUCGCCAAGUCCGAACUAAAAGGAAAUACAUAACAUGUGAUACCGAAAGUUUCGCAGUUCCUCUUGUUUUCACCACACUGGCAGUUGCGGGUAUAGGAGUCCUCCUAUUCAAAGGAUUCUUUUCACGAAAUUAGUUUUUUUUUUUUUGGUUUAUGAUUCUUUCAAACUUGAAGCUAACUUUUAGAGAAGUUCACUUUAGAAUGUCCCUCCUUCAUUGUGUCCCACGAAAGACCUUGCAGAGCCACCCUUCUUCUCGGGAAAGACAGUCAAGAACAAGAAAACAUUGUGAGUUUUUUAAGAGAAUAGUGAAAGAAGAUUUAUGCUAAGCUUUCAAGUUUCUCUUUGAGGAUUUAUGUAAGAAGGGUUUCUUUUCUGGCCUA